CCAAGAGUUGUGAGCCAACCUCGGCGUCAUCGCCGACAAGCCAGUUGGCCGUUCCUUUCGACAACCUCAAGGUGUUGUAACAAGUUUCCUUCAUUCUCCUCUCUUGCUUUCAUCUAGUAUCAACAGCUAUCCGUUUUCCCAUCCCGCCAUCUUGAACGGGCAACCUGCCCCUCGGCUGUUCGCUUCCAAUGGCGCCAACAAUCCCCUCAGCCAAGCUGACCCUCUCGUGUCCCCUCUUCGCCGCCGACUUCGAUCCGCGUAAUAACGGCUUUCUUCUUGUCGCGGGUGGCGGUGGAGAAGGUCGCAGUGGUGUUGGAAACAGAAUUCCCCGUGAGGGGGAUCAACAGGCACUGCUGAACACAUCCAGGCGCAAUGGAUUAUCUCAAAUAGUCGACAUCGAAUUAUCGCGCGAUGAAGACUCGGUAACCUCUUUGGCCGCAGCGCAGGCUAGCGAUGAGUCCAUUGUCACACUGGCGGGAAUCAACAGCUCCCUAGCUGAACAAAAGCGCGACAACAACCAACAUCUCAGGUCUUUCAAAAUCGACUUUCCACCACGAAAAUCAGCCGCAUCCAGUCCAGAGGUGAAAGAGGCAUCCGGAGAAAAUGAAGCAUUGGGAAAGACGACACCGUUAUCUCGCGCAUCCGUGUUCCGGACCAAGGGUGCUUCUUCCGGGUCAGACACCUACCAGCGAAUCCUGAGGCUGUCACCAUGGAGAGGCGCAGAGUUUCCUCGGGUUGCUGCAAUUGCCACGGGGAUGGCACCGUCAGGAGAGAUUGUAUUGUUCAAUGGUGUUACUGAAACCCCGACCGAAAAGGACGUCAUUGGGCGAAUUCGACUGGGUGACGGAGAGGAGGCUGAAGAUUUGGACAUCAUGCAUUUGGAAGAGGAUGGGAAGUUCAAGGUGGCAUAUACAAAUGGAGUUGAUAUAUUCAUCUGCCAUGUCUCAUCGGAAACAAGAUCCAAUGCUGCCCCCGAGGUGACCCGCGUGUAUUCUACGCCGUUGCCUGAGAAGGGCACACCGAGACCCAAGUUUAGGUCUUUGCGUUUCCUCUCCUCGACUACCCUCUUGGUUCUUCAGAAUGCCCCCAGCCGCGGUGGAAGUGAGCUCAUGGUAUUCAAUUUGCCUGUAUCAACGUCACCGAAAAAGUCGCCCGAGGCCACCAUUGUGCGUCGCAAGAAGCUACGCAAGACUAUUAAGAUUGGACUGGGACUCGACGUUUGUAAUCUUGGGGAGAACCCAGAGCAACAGCAGCAGUCUAUCAUUGCUGUGUCAGGCAGCGAUCAAUCAAUUGAGAUCCUAACACUCGAAUCAGACUCUAAGGGAGGUCACAGGAAGCUCCAACCCUACACCAGUUUACGAGAUGUCCACCCAUUCGCAAUGACCAAGAUCUGCUUCUCGACCUUCAUCCCACCGUCGCAUCCUGUUACCCCAGAGGUAGGCCCACAGUAUGUCAAACUUGCCUCCGUCAGCAUGGGCAACACCGUUGUCGUCCAUACCUUCCCUCUCUCGCCAUUCCCCCCGCCGAGUCGCACCCCGCGUUACGUUCUAGUGAACCCUGGCGCAUCCGAGAUCUGGAACAACACCAUCAGUGGACUAUCCGCCCUCAUAUCAAUUCUCACUGUCUGCAUCCUCCUCCAGGCCUUCACAGAAAUCAGGGGUCUUACGCCCCCAUACAUGGGUGUCUCUGACUGGCUACCGCCUACAAUCCGUGACACCAUCGCCGUCCCAUACAACAUGCCACCUCUCCCUGGAACAGCACAACCUUCCAUCGGAGACCCUGUCAUCUCACCUUCUUUAUCGUCAGCGGCAAUCCCAACUACAACCGAAGUCGUGGAGGAAGCACCGCAACAACCCACACUGCGCGACCUCGUACGCGAUCGUGACGCUGUCGUUGCUAUCGCUGAAGCCGAUACACCUCUUCCUCCCUCCAUCAUCGUUCGCUGCUCUGACGCCGACAUUCUCAUCGAAACCGCCAUCACGGCUUCCCCCAACCUGCAGGAUGAGAAGGCACGGCCCUGGGAGCAACUAGGUGAAGAGGAACAGAUCCGUUGGAAGCAACAUUUGGCGGAUGCGGGGCACUGGGCAAUCGAGGAAGGUGAAACUAUUCUCCAAGGCGUCUUGUUUGGGGAAUAUUGUGGGUUUGUGGGUGAUGUAGUGCAAGAGGAGUUGCUCUGA